AUUCGCGCGCGCGGAGGGGAGGGAAUGCCCCCUUCGUCUCUCUCCACUCUCCUCUCCCUCCAACCCCUCGACGUCCACAAACUCGCCAACCGGUUCGCCGCCCACCUCCAACUCCUCGCCGCGGCUCUCCCCAAAGCCUCCGCCGCCGCCUCCCUCCCCUCCCCCAUCCUCCUCCGCCUCCGCGCCCUCCACGCUCACAUCCUCGCCUCCGGUUUCAAGCCCCGCGCCCACAUCCUCAACCGCCUCGUCGACCUAUACGCCAAGGCCGGCGACCUCCCCUCCGCCCGCCUUCUCUUCGACGCCGCCGCCCCUGCCGAUGCCGCUGCGGCCACCUCCCUUGUCAACGCCUACGCCGCCACCGGCCGCCUCCCCCUCGCUCGCCGCCUCUUCGACUGCAUCCCUCUCCCUUCCCGGGAUACUGUCUUCUACAACUCCAUGAUCUCCGGCUAUGCCCGCGCCGGCGACGGCCCGCUGGCCCUCGCCAUUUUCCGCGACAUGCUCCGGGAUGACUUCCGGCCGGACGACUACACCUUCACCGGAGUUCUCAGCGCUGCAGCCACCAUCAUUGUUCUCGAACUCGACCAUUGCGGGCAGCUCCAUUGCGCCGUGGUGAAGUCCGGCACGGAGCAGGUCAUCUCUGUUUCAAAUGCCUUAAUUGCUUUGUACUUCAAGUGUGAUUCCCCUGAGAUAGCAGUAAUUGCUCGGGAGGUGUUUGAUAGAAUGGUCAAGAGAGAUGAGCUCACUUGGACCACAAUGGUUGUCGGGUAUGUCAGGAAAAGAGAUAUAAAUGAAGCUCGUCAAGUUUUUGACAAGAUGGAGGGAAGGUUUGAUGUCGUUUGGAAUGCAAUGAUUUCGGGAUAUGUGCAUUGUGGGCUUUUUUCAGAAGCAUUGGAGAUGUUUAGAAGGAUGAAUUCAAUUGGUAUCUCGCUUGAUGAGUUCACUUACACAAGUGUGCUCAGUGCUUGUGCGAAUGCCGGGCUUUUCAUUCAUGGAAAAGCUGUUCAUGCCCACAUCAUUCGUUCAGGGCCUGACUUCAAUCCUGAAUCGGCAUUGCCCAUCGAGAAUGUGUUGGUCACCCUAUACUCGAAGUGCGGAAAGACCAAUGUCGCAAAAAGAAUUUUUGAUGAUAUUAAAAGAAAAGAUCCCGUUUCAUGGAAUGCCAUCUUGACAGGAUAUGUGAAUUGUGGUCGCAUUGAUGAUGCACUUGCAAUUUUUCAGAUUAUGCCUCAUAAGAAUGAGUUGGCAUGGAUGGUGAUGAUCUCGGGGUUUGUACACAAUGGGCUUGCCGAGGAAGGCUUGAAGUUGUUCAGUCGAAUGAGGGCUGAGGGUACCAAGCCUUAUGACUAUACGUAUGCAAGCACAAUUGCUGCAUGUGGUGAGCUUGGAACAUUGGAGCAUGGGCGGCAGCUCCAUGCACAGCUCAUCCAGUUUGGCUAUGAAUCAAGCAACUCGGCGGGAAAUGCUCUUUUGACGAUGUAUGCCAAGUGUGGAGCACUGGAGGAAGCACGCCUCAUGUUCCUUGUGAUGCCCAAUGUGGACUCUGUAUCUUGGAAUGCAAUGAUUGCUGCCCUUGGGCAUCAUGGACAUGGUAGAGAGGCAAUUGAGCUUUUCGACUGCAUGAUUGGGGAGGGUAUAUUUCCAGACCGCAUCUCUUUCCUAACAGUCCUGUCAGCCUGCAAUCAUGCAGGCUUGGUAGAUGAAGGCUUUCGGUACUUUGAAUCCAUGAAACAUGAUUAUGGUAUUAUCCCAGGGGAAGAUCAUUAUGCCCGGUUGAUUGAUUUACUAGGCAGGGCUGGGCGUAUUGGAGAAGGUAGGGAUGUAAUUAAAUCAAUGCCCUUUGAGCCAGGCCCAUCUAUUUGGGAGGCUGUUCUAUCAGGCUGCAGAAUGCAUGGGGACAUGGAUCUUGGAAUUUAUGCAGCGGAGCAACUCUUUAAGAUGAUACCGCAGCAUGAUGGAACGUAUGUCCUUUUAUCCAACAUCUAUGCUGCCGUUGGGUGGUGGGAAGAUGUUGCAAGGGUUAGGAAAUUGAUGAAAGAUCGUGGGGUGAAGAAGGAACCUGGAUGCAGCUGGAUUGAAGUUGCAAAUAAGGUUCAUGUGUUCCUUGUCAAUGAUGCAAGACACCCUGAGGUGCAGGAAGUAUACAAAUUCCUCGAGAUACUUGGAGUCAAGAUGAGGAAGCUGGGAUAUGUCCCUGAUACCAAGUUUGUUCUGCAUGAUGUUGAUCCUGGGAAAAAGGAAUAUGCAUUAUCUACUCACAGCGAGAAAUUAGCUGUUGGAUAUGGGCUUAUGAAAUUGCCUUCUGGGGCCACAGUUAGAGUUCUUAAGAACUUGAGAAUUUGUGGGGAUUGCCAUGCUGCGAUCAUGUUCAUGUCAAAGGCAGCUGAUAGAGAGAUAAUUGUCAGAGAUGUUAAACGGUUUCACCAUUUUAAUAAUGGAGAGUGUUCUUGUGGGAAUUAUUGGUGAAAACUGGUUUAAUACCAAGUUUGUUCUGCAUGAUGUCGAUCCUGAGAAAAAGGAAUAUGCAUUAUCUACUCGCAGUGAGAAGUUAGCUGUUGGAUAUGGGCUUACGAAAUUACCUGCUGGGGCCACAGUUAGAGUUCUUAAGAGCUUGAGAAUUUGUGGAGAUUGCCAUGCUGCAUUCAUGUUCAUGUUAAAGGCAGCUGAUAGUGAGAUAAUUGUCAGAGAUGUUAAGCUGUUUCACCAUUUUAAGAGUGGAGAGCAUUCUUUCCUUGUGGGAAUUAUUGGUGAAAACCAGUUUAAUUUAUCUGAGUCACAUGUGCUCUGGAUGGUUCAUCAACAUUGCUGAGACCUAGACCACCACAGAAUAGCUUACUUUUACCAAACUUUACCAAAUGUUUGGAGGCAGUUUAGAGAUAGUACAAAGACAGUGAUAUCUCCUGUAAAUGACUAAUUUAUAUGGAGCAAAAGUUAAGGUGGGCCGAAUCGAUUGACAUGUGACGAUCAUUUUAAAUAAUUGUGAGAAUUGUUUUUUUCAAAGGCCAUAGCUGUUCCAAGGGAAACUGGGUUGCGGAAGCUGGAUGAUCGUUCUUUAAGACUUGACUGGAAGCAAUGACUGUCAGUGGAUUCACUGGCAAAUACAACUACAUAUACACAUGAAAGCUGUGAUACCGUGACAGUGAGAACGGUGAUAUAUGCUCCAGAAUGAACUGCACGCAGAUUUCUCAUGUGCAAUCACUCCUUGCAGGAGAAUUCCUGACAGCAGCCAGAAAGUUGAUAACUGCCUUCUUUUCUAUAUAAUCUGCCUUGCUCUGCAUUCAGAUGGGUCUGCUACUUAUGGGACAGGGCUGGUUAAUUACAAUUAUUGGCAUGCAGUCCAUGCGAACGUACCAACUUGCUGGUGCUAGGUUUUAUUCUUUGUUUCAUUGGAACCGGAAAUGGUUCCAGUGGGUUUGAACUGCUUUCCUAUGUUAUUGCUUGUGAAAAUGGAAUUCUUGGGGAUAUGACCAAAAAUGCUAAAGACUAAAACUAUUGGAAGAUGGUUGCUGACCUAUGGUUCACAACCUUAUCUAAUUGCAUAUGAAACAUUCAAAUUGAUGUUUGGAUUUUAUUGCUUGUGAAAAUUUGGACCUACUUUGGCAACAA